AUGUUUGCCGUGCGCAUAGUCACCGCGGACUACUACCUGGCCAGUCCCGUUAAAGACCUGGACGUCGGCCACUCGGAAUUCAGAGACAGCGAGCGCGCGGACAGCGGGUGGCCGUCCUCGCGAGGGCCGCUGCCUCCACUGGGUCUGACCCCCCGGUGUGUGGUGUCCUCUGUUUGGGGGCUGAAAGUUGGAACAAUAGUCGUCCUGGGUCUCCAAAUCCACCGUUUUGACGCCAAACGUGGCGUCGUAAAGGACCCUCGUUUGGACAAAGGGGACCCCGGGAUGUAG